UUUAUCAAUUCUUUUUUUGGUAAAUUAAAACGUCAAUAAUUUGAUUCGAAUUUUAAACACAAAUGUUAAAACACUAUUUGUCACAUGACUUUCCUGUCAUAUGUUCUAUCCUUAUAAUGUAACCAUCUCAAACAACAAAUAUAGGAUAGAGCAAUUUCGCCAGGAUGUUGUAUUGUUGUUCGAAAUUUAAGUCAUGUCGAUUAAUAGGAUUCAAAAGCUGUUGUUCUCCGAGUACUGCGACUUCGAGGACAUGGUUUUAGUGGAGAGCCCUUUCGCGCAAACGACAAGGGAAGGAAAAGGUUUAAGGCAAGUCCAAUUGGGCUUAACCCCGUCAAAAUUGGUCUUAGCCACGGAUAUUUUGCAAACUGCAGAGUUAUCGCCAGUUACUUACAUCCCCGGUUUAGAUCCGGAGAUAGAAACGUUCGAAUUGGUCGCUGUGUAUCCGUUGGAAUGCGUUAAUAUAAGCGUUUUCCAUAGGAGAAGCAGGCAAUCAUUAAAGGCGCACUUUUGUAAUAAUAGAAUUUAUUAUUUUGAACUGGGAGGAUUUGAAAAAAGACAUAUGUUUUGGAAUUUAUGGUGUGAGAAAGUAAGGUUUUUAAAUCCAGAAGAACCGGGUUCGUCAAAUUCGGAAUCUUCGGCGGCUACUUCUAACACGAAUAGUACACUUUAUUUGGUGUCUAGUAGGCAGAUUAUCAACGAAACUGGUACGACGCAGUUAUGGUGGAAAUUUGGAGCUGGCGAUUACACCGCGACGAAUAGUUUUCGUUGGACUGAUAGGUAUUUAUUUUUGGGGUCAAGAGACGAAAAUCCUUUACAAUAUAACCCGCUUACAAGAUCGCCUACUUUGGCUGAAUUUUUACACAAAGACGUCGAUCGGAUUGAUAUAGCUUCAAAACAAUCACCUGAAACUCCCACAAAAACUUCAAGCCAAGUGAAUCGAUUUGGAUUAGGAGUCAUGGAGAAUUGUAGAUCGUGUCUUUUCCUUCCAGCGGAAAAUUACAUCGUAACGAACAAAUUUAGCAACCACACCACCCAAUCAACGGAUGUUUUUACAAUGUAUAAAAGCUUGAGAGAACAAACUCAAGCCAACAUGCUUAAAUUAGCUGAAAAUAGUGUUAAACAGUGGGAAUUUUGUAACUGUAACGACCCCAUUUCUGAAACUAAAAUUAAAGGACGUCAUCGACGUAGAUACGGGUUUUCACCCCAACCAUAUUUCUUACACGGCUUAGGCCCAUGGAACGUCUCACCAGGAGCUCGAUAUUCCGUUCAAACUAAAAGAGCAGUAUCUUUGGUAAACAUCCGAAGGCAACCACUUGAACCAGAAUUAAGACUUCCAGUUUCUAAACGUCAAUUAGUUGCUUCAAUUUCACACGAAGACGUUCGAUUAGACGAUAAAUUAUUUCCUAAUAAUAAUAUUUUAAAGAGUUCAAAUAAAUCCCCAGUUAUAUUUUUUUGGACCCCAGAAUAUUGGUACAGACCUAGAUCUGCAAGAGAUGCCUAUUUAGAACUUCAAACCCACCUAUCAAAAAUACGAGAGUUUCGAAAACUUAAUAUUAAAAAAUCGCCAAAAUCGGCGAGAAAAAAAUUCCUAAGAAAAAAGAAACGCCAAGAACGUGAAAUUCUUCGAUCGGAUUCCGAGGAUAGCUUUGAAAGAAUCAUGCACACCCCAACGAAAAGAAAACGGCAAUCAAAAGUUUCCGCUUUCACAAAAACCCACGAAUUACUAAAAGUGCUCCCGUUUCUGUGUUUAUUUUCUUGCAUAGACGAAGAUAAACCACCGGAAGAAACGUCGUUGCAAUUUUUAAAACGCGUUCUUCGUCUUGAAGUUUCUUUAACAGCUUGGGAUUUCGAUUCGAGUACUUUGGCUUAUCAAUUAACUUUGAUCGAUCGAGAUCUUUUUUUAAAAAUACCUCCCACGGAAUUAGGAGUGUUAAUUUGGCAACAAUCCUCGAAAAACGCGCCGAAUGUCGGCGCUUUAAUCGCGUUUUCUCAUCGAAUAAGUUGUUUGGUUGCCACUGAAGUGUUAAGAGAUGACUCGGAGAAAAUUCGCGCACGUUUAGUGUCAAGAUUUAUUAAUACAGCUGAGAAAUGUAAUAAAAUUGCGAAUUUUCAAUCGUGUAGAAGCGUUCUUUGCGGUCUUCAAAGCCCGCCGAUUUAUCGACUUUACUCUACGUGGACUUAUGUAAGAAAAAAACACGCUACAAAGUAUCAGGUGUUUGAAAAGUUAUGUAGAUUAUAUAGAGAUCCAAGGUUACCUGCUUAUCAAAAAUCUUUUCAUCGCGCAACUCAAAAUCAUCAAUAUUUACCGUACAUCGGUGAUAUAAUCACGAAAUUAUUAGAUAGAAUCCCCGAAUACAACGAUAAUUUAAUAAGUUGUUGUAAAGUGCCCCCACAACCUUGCAUACAAACCAAAGUUGGCGACGCUGAAAUUUCUUCAAAUUUAUUCAGGAAGAUUUUGACGAGUUUUAGUCGAUGGUCGACUGAGGAUAAAAGUAAUAAAGAGCGACAUAAUAAUACAUCGACCGUUUUAACGAAAGAAACUCCCAAAAGAACCGCGAAAGGUUUAACGGAUUAUUACAAACCGUUAAAUUGUUACGAAGAUAAUCGAUAUACGAGAUUACGAGAAGCCGUCGAACUUUUAACCAAGUAUCAACGAGCUGCCGCGAAUUUCAUGUUUUCUAGGAACGAGUUAGCCACGGAGUAUUUAUUAAAAGCUCGGUAUCGAGAAGAUAGGGAGAAUUUCUUUAAUUCGUUUAAUGUAGAACCACCUAUUACGUAAUGAAAAUGUAUUUAUUAAAAUAAUUUAAAUAUAAAUAAAUGAAGUGUACAACAAAA